AAUUGAAGAGGCGCCGUAGAAGCAUUUUAGGUUAAAUCUUGUUCUUGUUGAUUCUUCUCUGUUUCCUCAGCCAUGGCCGUCGGGAAAAACAAGAGAAUCUCUAAGGGUAGGAAGGGGGGAAAGAAGAAGGCUGUUGAUCCUUUCUCCAAGAAGGACUGGUAUGAUGUCAAGGCUCCUUCAAACUUCACCAAACGGAAUGUUGGAAAGACACUUGUUUCCAGGACUCAGGGUACCAAAAUUGCCUCUGAAGGUUUGAAACACAGAGUUUUUGAGGUCUCUCUAGCUGAUCUUCAAGUUGAUGAAGAUAAUGCUUACAGGAAGAUCCGUCUCAGAGCUGAAGAUGUCCAGGGCAGGAACGUUUUGUGCCAAUUCUGGGGCAUGGACUUCACAACCGACAAACUUAGGUCAUUGGUUAAAAAGUGGCAGACUUUGAUUGAGGCUCAUGUUGAUGUCAAAACCACUGACAACUACACUCUCAGGCUAUUCUGCAUCGCCUUCACCAAGAGACGUGCUAACCAGGUCAAGAGGACUUGCUACGCUCAAUCCAGCCAAAUCCGUCAGAUCCGCAGGAAGAUGAGGGAUAUCAUGAUUAAGGAAGCUUCCUCAUGUGACCUUAAGGAUCUUGUUGCUAAGUUCAUUCCUGAAGCUAUUGGCCGGGAGAUUGAGAAGGCAACUCAGGGCAUCUACCCACUUCAGAACGUUUUCAUCCGUAAAGUCAAGAUCCUCAAGGCACCCAAAUUCGACCUUGGCAAGCUCAUGGAUGUUCACGGAGACUACACAGCAGAAGAUGUUGGUGUUAAGGUAGACAGGCCCGCUGAUGAGAUGGCCGUUGAGGAGCCUACUGAAAUCAUCGGAGCUUAAGAAUGGUUUCUGAGAAAAUGUUAAAAUUGAGAGAUCUCUUUUUUCUCAUAAACUUUAGCUUUUAAAAUGCUUUGUGUCGUUUCACACUCUUUUGUUCCCUCAGUUUAAUUUUGCUGUAUUGAUGACUUUUCUCAGUUUAAACUUGCGAGUUUUUGAUAAUUUAUGGAACACCUUUUUCUCUGAA